AGGUGGGGGAAAUCUUCAACAACCUCUAGCGGAAUCAUUCAAAAAAUCCGGGCGAAUGUAAUCAGUUCGAGGAACUAAUACAGCUUUGGGUGUCUGUGAAUCGCGAAUGAGGAGAAGGCGAAUAUUUAACAAUGAAGGACAAAAGUUUGUCGAAACUUGAUAGCAUGGCAGAUGUCCGCGAUAUAUUAGACAUCGAGGUACCUACCACAAGUGAGCUCACGAAGGAAUCAAUUAUAGGUAGUGACAAGAAAAAUCGUAAAAAAUAUGAAUACAAAGUGCCGAAGAGACCGGAGGGCAUGCAUCGUGAAGUCUUUGCAUUGCUCUGUAAAGAUAAUACUGAUGUACCUCCGCUAUUUCCAACGGAUACCGCAAAGGGAUAUAAACAAGUUAGGGCUAAACUUGGUAUGAAAAAAGUGAGACCAUGGAAGUGGACACCAUUUACUAAUCCCGCUAGGACAGAUGGUGCUGUUUUUCACCAUUGGAGACGAGUUGCAGAUGCUGGAAAGGAAUAUCCUUUUGCUAUAUUUAAUAAAAAGAUUCCUAUCCCAACAUAUACUAAUGCAGAAUAUGUUCAACAUUUGGUUACAAAUGGUUGGACAAGAGCAGAAACCGAUCACUUGUUUGAUUUGUGUAGGAGGUUCGAUCUAAGGUUUAUCAUAAUCAAAGACAGGUGGGAUUGUACAAAGUUCCCUGCAAGAUCCGUAGAGGACUUAAAAGAAAGGUAUUAUCAAGUGUGUGCAGCUUUAACAAGGGCAAAGUCUCACAAUGACAAGGUUUAUAUGUUCGAUGCUGAACAUGAGAAACGCAGGAAAGAACAGUUAAAAAAAUUGUUUGAAAGGACACCGGAACAAGUAGAAGAGGAACAAAUGCUAUUAUCUGAGCUAAGAAAAAUCGAACAAAGGAAGAAGGAAAGGGAUAGAAAGACUCAAGAUUUGCAAAAAUUAAUAACAGCUGCUGAUCACCAAGCUGAUCCAAGGAAGAAUGAAAGAAAACCUGCAAAGAAGAGUGGAGCUUCUGCUCGAAGUAGACCAAACAAAGCUGAUACUUCUCAUACAGUAGAAUCCGCUGGAAUUAAGUUCCCAGAUUUUAAAAAUAGCGGUGUUUCCCUCCGUUCUCAGCGAAUAAAAUUGCCAAGUAGUUUAGGUCAAAAGAAAAUGAAGGGUAUCGAACAAAUGCUUAAUGAACUUCGUAUAGAGUUAAAUCCACCACCCACGGAGCAAAUAUGUCAACAAUUUAACGAAUUAAGGAGCGAUAUCGUUUUACACUAUGAACUUCGAAGCGCGUUAUCGACGUGCGAUUACGAGUUGCAAUCAUUGAGGCACCAAUACGAAGCUUUAGCACCAGGGAAGACAUUAACGAUACCACCUGCCUUGUUACCAAAAAGCGAGCCGGAAGUUAAAGCAGAUAUAAUAGAUGUGGUGGGUUCACCCAGUAUGCCAUCUGUUCCUCACUAAUUUCUAUAAUAGCUUAGGACGAUAAAAACUGUAAAUAAUUUCUUGUACGUUGAAAUGCGAUAGUUCAGAUUAUUUAGUACGCUUAAUUGAUGUUUCUCUCCUUGUAUUAUUUCUUUUUACUCUUCAUUAGAAACGAUUAAAAGUAAUUUAAGAGAAA